AUGCACGACGCCGAGUUGCAUCCGGAGGCAGCCUCUGCCCAAGCGUCGCCGCAUGCGACACCCUCCAUCUCAUCUUCACCCUCAUCGACAGCGCUGGAUCAAGCCUCCUCGGCCAUGCAUACCCUGCGUGUGACAGACUCGGACGAAUCGACGUCCUUGCUUCCCGCCACACCCUAUUCACAUGAGGCCGCCUAUCCGAUCGUGCCCCCCACUUUGCCGUCAUCGGCGGCGGCAACACCAUCAUCCAUGGCAAUGCCCAUGGUGGGAUGGAGCUCCCCCAUGGCCGCGUCGAUGCCGUACAUGAUGGCUAUACCAGGGGGCGGCCAAAGCCCCCUACCCUUGGCGUACCCAAAUUAUGCGGCCCCGGGAACCUCGCAUGACUUUGCGAUGCCGACCGCGGCCAUGGCAACGACAGGCAUGGUGCCUGUCGGGAGAACUGUCUACAUCGGGAACAUGCCGCCGGACGUCUCAGCGGAAGAAUUACUCGACAACGUGCACUUUGGUCCGAUUGAGAGUGUGCGUCUGCUGCCAGAAAAAAACUGUGCUUUUGUAUCAUUUCUAUCUGGCCAAGUGGCGGCAGCUUUCCAUGCUGAUUCAUCGGUACGUCGUAUCUCGCUUCGGAAUCGCGAGCUCAAGAUUGGAUGGGGCAAGCCGAGUGUGCCGCCCCCCGCCGUCAUGUAUGCGGUACAGCAUCAUAAUGCAUCUCGGAAUGUGUACUUCGGACAGCUGGAUGAUUCUGUCACAGAAGACACACUUCGCUCGACGCUGAGCAAAUACGGACCGAUCGACCAGAUCAAGUUGAUCCGUGAACAGCGCAUUGCCUUUGUGCACUUCUUGUCAAUUCAGGCUGCCAUGAAAGUGGUCUCAAGUCUACCUAUGGAUACCGAAUGGUCCAAGUACCGCAUUAACUAUGGCAAGGAUCGAUGCGCCUACGUGCCCAAGGGACAGCAGCAGACGCAAGCACACAACCACCAGGCUGCUGCCAUGGGUCUUGCCACGGCCAUGUGGCUAGGCUACCCAACGGGCUAUUUGAACUACGGCCAGGUGCCUCCAGGCUCACCGUUCUACAUGGACGCCGAAUCCUCUGCAUCGACGGAUCCAGAGGCACGCGCCCGUUUCCAGGGACAGAUGCUCGGACAGGUCGAGCCACAGAUGUACCAGUUCGGCAAUCGCACAGUGUAUCUGGGCAAUUUGCAUCCAGAUACGACCGUGGAAGAUAUUUGCAAUCAUGUUCGAGGCGGUAUCUUGCAGUCGAUCCGAUACAUGCCUGAUCGGCACAUUGCAUUUGUCACGUUUGUGGAUCAUAAUACCGCUCUCACGUUCUUUCAUAUGGCUCUUGUGUCUGGUAUCAACGUGCUCAACCGGCGACUCAAGAUAGGUUGGGGCAAGCCCACAGGACCACUAAGCCCAGCCAUCGCCCUCGCUGUUCAGUCAGGUGCAUCGCGGAAUGUGUAUAUUGGCAAUAUUAGCGAUCACGCACUGAUGAGCGAAGAAAAGAUUCGCCAAGAUUUGUCGCAGUAUGGCGAGCUCGAGAUGGUCAACACGUUGCGAGAGCGCAAUUGCGCUUUUGCCAACUUUACCAACAUCCAAUCAGCCAUCAAGUGUAUUGAGGGACUGAAAUACCAUCCUGACUAUCAAUCUGUCAAAGUGUCGUAUGGCAAGGACCGGUGCGGGAACCCGCCCAAGUACCUGAGCAGGCUCGCCAUGAAUUGGCAGGCCCAGACCCGCGCCGCCCCUUUUCCUGUGGGACAGGCGCAGGAACCCAUGGCGCAUGAUGCAAGCACGCCUCAUGACCAACAUGGAUCCAGCCCAUCACCUGAACCCCUCAUUUCCACAUAG